GCGAGGCACUGACUGAGUGAGUGAGUGAGUGAGAGACAGAGAGAGAAAGAGAUAGAGAGAGGUUGUGAGUGUGUGUGUGGGAGAUAGAGAGAGAGAGAGAGAGAGAGAGAGAGAGAGAGAGAGAGAGAGAGAGAGAGAGAGAGAGAGAGAGAGAGAGAGAGAAAGGUUGUGAGAGUGUGUGUGUGUGAGAUAGAGACAGAGCGAGAGAGAGAGCGAGAAGGAGAGAGAGAGAGAGAGAGAGAGAGAGAGAGAGAGAGAGAGAGAGAGAGAGAGAGAGAGAGAGAGAGAGAGAGAGAGCGAGAGAGAGCGAGGGAGGGGGGCACGGCGGGGUGAGGGAAAAGAGAAAGUAAUGUUAGACGCGAUGUCAGACGGAGCUGGCUGCUUCUAGACAUUUCUGCUUUUCUUAGGAGCUUUGGAAGGGACAACUACCUGUGGAGAUCAUGGGAAGCGAGAUCAUGGGAAUCCUGGAGCCCCGCAACGACUCGUCCAACGGGACGGGCCAGGAGGGCGGCUACACCGAGGUUCAGAUGGUCCUGCUGGGCAUCUUCAUGUCCCUGCUGGUCCUGGGCAUCGUCUUCGGCAACAUCCUGGUGAUCACGGCCAUCGCCCGCUUCCAGCGCCUGCAGAACGUCACCAACUGCUUCAUCACGUCGCUGGCGUGCGCCGACCUCAUCAUGGGCCUCGUCGUGGUGCCGUUCGGCGCCUGCUACAUCAUCUUCAACACGUGGCACUUUGGCAGCUUCUGGUGCGAGUUCUGGACGGCCACCGACGUGCUCUGCGUGACCGCCAGCAUCGAGACUCUGUGCGUCAUAGCACUCGACCGCUACUUGGCCAUCACCUCCCCCUUCCGUUACCAGUCCAUGCUGACCAAGUGCAAGGCCCGUAUCGUGGUGCUGCUCGUGUGGGUGAUAGCCGCCCUCAUCUCCUAUCUGCCCAUCCACAUGAAGUGGUGGGUGGAGAACAGCGACGAGGCCCGGGACUGCAUGAACAAGAGCAGCUGCUGCGACUUUAACACCAACACGGGCUACGCCAUCACCUCGUCCAUCGUCUCCUUCUACAUCCCCCUCUUCAUCAUGCUGUUCGUGUACAGCCGUGUCUUCCAGGAGGCCAAGCGGCAACUGAGGAAGAUCGACCAGAGCAUGGGGCGCUUCCAGAACAUGAGGAACAGCGACGCCGCCUCGCUGGAGAUCAACGUGGGCCGUGGCGGCAAGAAGACCAAGUUCUGCCUGAGGGACCAUAAGGCUUUGAAGACUCUGGGCAUCAUCAUGGGGAUCUUCACGCUGAGCUGGCUGCCCUUCUUCCUCCUCAACGUGGUGGGGGCCAUCUGGAAGGUGGACAACAUCGACCAAACGUUCAAGGUGCUCAACUGGAUCGGCUACGCGAACUCGGCGUUCAACCCGCUCAUAUAUUGCCGCAGCCCCGAGUUCCGGUACGCCUUCCAGGAGCUCCUCUGCAUGAAGAGCCGUUUCGCCCAACUGUCGAGCAAAGGUGGAUAUAUCUACACCGGACACAGCUGGCAGAGCGAGCAGCCCCCCCGGAACAAGGGUAGCUCGGAGGAGAACAGCGAUCCCGGGGACAGGAGCUCUGAGAAGGCAGAGGGGGUCUGCGAUGACCCUGGGAAAGGGACGGACCCCAACGGGAAUUGUGAGACAAACUCCCCCUCUGUCUUUUAACCCCCCGUGAUCUCAUGAGGACCUCACACGGAAGUUUACACUUUAGCCAUAUUUUAUUAUUUUUUCUUUCGAAUUGUCUGAUGAAGGUAAGACCGGUCACCUUGGUUGACAGUGUUAUCCCCUGGAGACUGGUCCAAGGAAAUGGUUGUUUGAGAUAUUUCCAGACGUAUGGGUGGAGUGUCAUUGGUUUAGGACACCAAAGAAUACAAUUGAGAUAGCUGGGACAGGGUUUUUUGAAAAACAAUGUUGAUUUUACAUCUACCUCACUUUUCCUUUCUUUUCUCUUGCCUUCUUUUGUUGCACAGCCAUACUUUACAUGGUCUCUAGCGUAGUGUUAGACUAGCACAGUGCCUUGGCAGUUUAUUGACAUUAAGUUGUUUUAUGCAUUCUAUAAAUCCUGAAAAAGCUGGCUCAAUUGGGAUCUGUAGACAUUCCUUUUAUCUCCCUUGGUGUUCGUGGCCAAACACACGUUAGAGGUGCAGUUUGUAGGAUUUAGUGGCAUCUAAGCAGAAAGGAUUUUGGCAACAAUGGAAUAUAAUGUUCAAAAGUAAGAUUUAAUAAGUGUAGAAUCCAAUAAAAUUAAGAAUUGUGUAUUCAUUACCUUAAAAGUAGCCCUUUUUAUCUACAUUGGGAGCAAUAUUUCCUGCGUGGCAAUCUGCAACCUCGCUGCUAGAAGUCCCUAAUUCCUAUACACUGUACCUUUAACGUGUGAACCUUUUCCUUUCUAAGAGCAACAAAUAAUAUCAUGAAUCAAUCGAUAAUAAUGCAUUAUUUAAAUUAUCAGCGUUGUUGAAUGCUCCUCACAGUUGGGCCUGGUAUCAUGAGGAGGACAUUGAGUUAGCCAUUUAGCAUUAGCACCACAUUGUGGAGUAAAUCCGUGCAAGGUCUCACUGACGUUUCUGUUUUUUUCUUUUACUUGUAGAUAUACAUUCCACAACUUAUUUCAAUUCAACAAUUUACCUUAUACAUGAAAUGUCUGGCCGAGAGCCAGACAUUGCUCUUUUUCAAAAGCCCCCCCCCCACACACACACACAUACUUAUUACAAGCAUGCAUGCCCACAGACACACACACACUCACAUUCACAAAUGGCAAAGGCCUCAGAAAUGACCAGAGUGCUGGCUGUGAAUGCUAAUGUUUAACAGCAUGUUGCAGAAGGGAGGUUUCUGAGACCAACAGAUAGCACUGAAGAUUGGGGCAUUCUCCAAAGCCUUAUCAGUGUCUGCAUGCUAAACACACACACACACGCGCACACACACACACUGAGCAUGAGCAACAAGUAUGCCAUCCGCACCACUUUUUAACAGGAGUUUUAAUAAAAUAAUCAUAAUGAUCAUCAUGAAUCUAAUAGAUUAAACUCCUGUCCCAGUAGGAACUGUGUGUGAGUGCGGUGUGUUGGGUCGUUUCUCUUUGCCACUUAAAGUGUGUGGCUUUUUAUAGAUACAGCAAUGCUCCACUUUCGAAUCGUAUAGUCCCAUCUAUCACAUCUGCACUUAAACGGACCCAGUUGUUAGGGGAAGGGGUAUUUAAUAGUAAAUUAUUUUACACAGAUAUUGUUGUGCUUUGGAGAAACCCACGAGUAUAAUUUAGUACUUUAAGUGCUUACCAACUUCACAUUUUCAUUUUACUACCACUGCUACUUUUUCUUGGGUUAUCUACUGGGAGUUACAUAAAAAAGGCAACCUUUUGCCCCCCUAAGCCUAAGCCUGGUUGUGUCACGUAAGUGUUUGUUGAUUGGAGGAUCUGGUUGCUGUGCUGUUUACCUUCCACUCUGUUUACAGAAACCAGAAGCCAUUUCCUUAGUCAUGGUACAACCUCCCGCACACACAACAAUAAUAAACAGCGCUUAGAAAUAGCUGAGGCUGAUAGCGGGUAGAUCUGCGGGUUCCAGAGGGGUGGAGGUGGCGACUGGUCUGCCCAGCAGGCCCCCGUUGAGAUGCAAGGACGGCUUGGCAGUGUCUUUUCCCCGAAGUGCUCCCAACUGCUCGCUCACUGAUGUUUCCCAGAGUCCCCUCCCCCCCAUU